ACUCAACCUCACAAUCGAGUCUAAUGUCAACCCCAACCUUGUUCUUUCAAGUCUCUUGAGAAUGCAGCUUAUUACCUUAGAGGGGCGAUAAUGAGAUGUGAGACAUGAAAUGCCACAGCGUAAAUCGACGCCACCAUGGACGAAUUUACUUCGAGUCUUUUGAGCGCCAUCGACGAGUCGACUACCCCAUAUGUCGACGACAAGGAAUAUGAAGGACAGCAGGAGCCCGAGACGGAGUUGGCAAAGAGAGGGCGCGGUCUGCGCAGUGGCAUCUUUCGCGCGGCCAAUAUCCAAGACAAACUGUUGGAAAAACUCCUAGCCCAGGUGAUACCAGCCGCCGACGGAAACCGAAAUGUGCCCGAUAUCUCAGCCAGCGACAUACCUGCCUUCGCCGAGCGGCCUGCUUUCUCGUUGGCGCUCAUGACCGCCAACUUUAGGCGAUUCAAUGCCCGCAUCGGCGUCGUUUUCAGAUUCCAGGCCCGCGCGCUUCGCGUUCUGUCGUGGCGUAAGCCAACCCACACGCUCUCCCUUUUGGCGGUAUACACCUUUGUGUGUCUCGACCCUUAUCUUCUCUUCGCAUUACCGCUGGCCGUUUCCCUUUUCGGCAUCCUAGUCCCGUCCUUUAUCGCCCGCCAUCCGGCCCCGGCUUCCGACGAAGACCGCGUCCGCAACCUGAGUUACUCCCCGCGAGGCCCACCCCUCGCGCCCGCGCGGGCGUUCAAGCCGACCAAGGAGCUCUCGCGCGACUUCUUCCGCAAUAUGGGCGACCUGCAGAACGUCAUGGAAGACUUUAGUGUGGUCCACGAUCAGAUUGUCGCGCUUGUGGUGCCCAAGACAAACUUCUCGGACGAGGCCCUCUCCUCGGCCGUCUUUGUCGUCCUCUCGGCCGCCUGCCUCGUCAUGCUGAUUGCAGCGCACCUUCUCCCGCUGCGAUUCCUCGCCCUCGUCGGCGGCUGGGCAGGCAUCUGGUCCGGCCACCCGGCAGUGGCGCGCUGGAUUAACCAGGCAAAGCUCCAAUACACGAACUCAACCUCCUCCUCCUGUCCCGAAACCACCACCAACACCACCCAAGCCAAAAACCCCCAGCACGCCCAAGAGAACAAACCAUGGUACACCAACCCCGCAACCUCCCUCCAAACCCUGCUCACCUCCGACAUCCUCCUCGACACCUCCCCGGAAACCCGCGAAGUCGAAAUCUUUGAGCUCCAACACCAAUCCCCUUCCUCCGGCGAGUGGGAACCCUGGCUCUUCUCGCCCUCGCCCUACGAGCCCCUAUCCGCGGCGCGCAUCGCCGGCGAGCGCCCGCGCGGCACGCGUUUCUUUGAGGACGUGCUGCCGCCCCGGGGGUGGGAGUGGAGCGAGAAAAAGUGGGCGCUGGACCUAUGGAGCAGGGAAUGGGUGGAGGAGCGCAUUAUAACCGGGGUCGAGGUCGAGACGGAGGGGGAGCGGUGGGUGUAUGAUAUGUGGAGUGAGCAACGGGACGGUGUUGUUGAUUCUGUUUCGUCGGGGGUUGGUGGUGGUGGUGAUGGUCAAGGCGGGGAUGGGGUGGUGAGAGGGGAUAAUAUACCAGGGGUUCGGCGACCUGGGAUGAGUUGGGAAGAGGGCGAGGAGGGGAUGGGGAGGCGGGGGCAGUGGAGGAGACGGAGGUGGGUGAGGAUGGUGAAGCGGAAGAUGGUUACGGGGAAUCGGUAG